AUGGGCCUCGGUGACACAAUCAAAGAGGGCAAUAAGGCCUCUGAACAAGAUAAGGCAAAGGCCAUGAUAUUUCUUCGCCAUCAUCUUGAUGAAGGAUUGAAAACUGAAUAUCUGACUAUUAAAGAUCCAUCAACUCUUUGGAAGGAUCUCAAAGAAAGAUAUGACCACCAGAAAACGGUGAUACUCCCUAAAACUCGCUAUGAUUGGCUACACUUGCGAUUGCAAGAUUAUAAAAGUGUGAGCGAGUUUAACUCUGCCAUGUUCAAAAUUACAUCUCAAUUGAAAUUAUGUGGCGAGAAUAUCACCGAUAAAGAUAUGUUGGAAAAAACAUAUUCGACUUUCCAUGCCAAUAAUAUGCUCUUGCAGCAACAAUAUCGUGAACGUGGGUUCACGAAAUAUUCUGAGCUGAUUUCUGUUUUGCUCCUUGCUGAACAAAAUAAUGAACUUUUGUUGAAAAAUCAUCAAGCACGUCCAACUGGCUCAACACCAUUCCCUGAAGUGAAUGCGGUGACUAAUAAUGAAUAUAGAGAUAAUAAAUCAUUUGGACGUGGACGUGGGCAUGGAUAUAGACGUGGGCGUGGACGUGCCCGUGGUCAUGGUUUUGGGCGUGGUAGAGGCCGUAAUCAACAAAAUCCCCCCAACUUUAAAAGGAAGCCUUACUAUCAGAAACGGACAACAAAUGAGGGGCAACCCGAGGGAAGUACGAUGGUUAAAAGGGGUGAAAGUACUUGUAGUCGUUGUGGUAUGAAAGGUCAUUGGAGAAGUACAUGUCGUACUUCCAAGCACUUUGCUGACCUAUAUCAAGCAUCUUUAAAGAAUGUUGAAACUAAUUUUACCGAACAGAAUGAUCCCUUAGGGCUCUCCCAUCUUGAAGCACACCUUGGAAGUGAUACUCAAGUUGAUCCUCCGGCCUUUACUCACAUGGAAGUCGGUGAUUUCUUUGAAGAUGUUGAUGUGAAUAUGCCUAAAUUUGGUGGUGAUGAGCCUAAGAAUAAUUAA